UAGAUACAAAUAGCUGGGUGUACACAAUCUUCAUCCUCCGCCCACACCAGAGAGAUAGAGGGAGAGAGACUAAGAGAGAGAUAAAAAAUGCCGGCUGGACAUGGACUGAGGUCGAGGACCCGAGACUCGUUCUCUCGGGCAUUCAGGAAGAAGGGUACGAUCCAUCUAUCCACGUACCUCAGGACUUACCACAUCGGCGAUUACGUCGAUAUUAAGGUCAAUGGUGCUAUCCACAAGGGUAUGCCCCACAAGUUCUACCAUGGCCGCACUGGUCAGGUCUGGAAUGUCACCAAGCGUGCUAUUGGUGUUGAAAUCAACAAACAGGUAGGAAACAGGAUCAUCCGAAAGAGGAUUCAUGUCCGUAUUGAGCAUGUUAUGCCUUCCAGAUGCACCGAGGAAGUCAAGCUAAGGAAGAAGAAGAAUGAUCAGUUGAAGGCUGAGGCCAAGGCCAGAGGUGAAGUUAUUAGUACCAAGAGGCAGCCUGAGGGUCCGAAGCCUGGUUUCAUGGUUGAAGGAGCUACAUUGGAGACGGUCACUCCUAUUCCUUAUGAUGUGGUUAAUGAUCUCAAAGGAGGAUAUUAAGUUGUUUUGUUUUCUGGAUCAUAUCUAGUCGCUUCGUUUAAUGAUUCAUGGAACUUAUUAAGUCUUUGAUAGCUGUUUGUUUAGACAAAAUGUUAUAUUUUGCAAUCUUAAUAUUGAAGACAUGUUUUUUGCCA